AUGGCGGAGUGCUCGUUCGCGCGCUGUCAGCAGGAACGACGAGCGAUACGAAAGGAACUGCAGCGCUGGACGAAAAACAUGGUCUACAUACUCGGCCGUCCCAAUAUCGGCCGAGUGGAGCGAGGUGGGUUUCGGCCAGUGGAGGACUGCAUCGGGCGACGCAGCGCGCAGGCGUCUCGGCUAUCCUCAGCCAAACAACCUGUUGCAACUAGGCCGGCGUGCACUAAUGCAACUUCUCCGCUCCUCAAUUACUAA